AUGCUCGCUAGCAGGACUCGACAACCAGCGACAAAAGUCGCUACUUUUGCUGCUGCCGCGAAAAGGACGCGACCAACUAGACUACAAUGUCGAUGCUAUGCGAGCAAUAACCAGCAGAAGCCAUCGUCUUCACUGCUGUGGCCUACCCUUGGCGCGAUCGGUGUGGGCUCAGCAGCAUUUGUCGGCUACACCUUUCUAACAAAUGAACCUCAACCGGCACCGAGAACACCCGCAGAGCUGGUUUUCGAGAAGUCAAGGAGGACUGACAAGCCGUCGAAGGAAGAUCUCAGUGCGCAACAUGUCCAGGUGAAAAAGAGCCUGGAAAGUCCGGGGGUGUAUGCAUGGGGUUCAAAUGAGUAUCGCGUGGUGGAUCCGGAUUCUAAUGAAGCCAUUAUACUCAGGGACCUCAAGCUUGAUGAACGAUCAGGUGCUGCAAUAUCUGAAGAUGGCGACUUGAUCCAAUGGGGCAAAGGAUACUCGGAGACCGAUUUCAAGCCCACGAAGACUCUGACCGGCAAAAAUCUCGUUUCGCUUUGCAUGUCUCGCGAUCGCGUUAUUGCUCUGUCGUCCAAUGGAAACGUAUACUCGCUCCCGAUCUCUAAGAACGAUCAGCAAUCGGGGCCGAAGCCGCGCGAAAGUUCCUGGGUGCCUUAUGUGGGUAGCAGAGCCAGAGUCAGCUACCGUCUCCUUCAACCGCGCUUAUCCCUGGGCGAGAAAGUCACUGCGAUCAGCGGAGGAGAAGAGCAUGUUUUGUUGCUCACAAACUCCGGGCGUGUCUUCUCUGCAGCUUCUGCGACGGAUCAUUAUCCAUCCCGUGGUCAGCUUGGUAUUCCCGGCCUGACCUGGGCCACGAGACCUGAAGGUCCUGUGGACGCCUGCCAUGAGAUAACAGCACUCCGGGGAACCAAGAUUGUGCAAGUGGCCAGCGGCGAUUAUCAUUCUUUGCUUCUCGACAAGGAUGGUCGCGUGUUUGUAUUUGGCGAUAACGGAUUCGGCCAGCUGGGAAUUGAAUUUGAUCCGGCAUUCCCUUAUACCGACGCGCCAACUUUGCUGCCCUUGCAAAAGCUCUAUCCGGGAAAGAUCUGGAACCCGAAAGCUACGAGCAUCGCAGCAGGUGGCGCAAACACCUUCUUUACUGUGGAUGCCACUCGUAUUCUCGGACCUGAGGAAGACAAGUCGCUGGUUAGGGACCUAGGGCACAUCACUGCUGACACAUGGGCUUCAGGAAAGGGAAUUACCGGAGUACUUGGCAAUGGAAGGUGGACGCACUUGCAAGAUGCUCCCACCAAAGUGAAAGCUCUCAGCGGCCUGGCUGAGUAUGAUGAAAAAAGGAAGAACACUGUCCCUAUUCGUCUGCGACAACUGUCUGUCGGUGCUACCCAUGCGUCCGCGGUCUUGGACAACAACACUCAUCUGGACUCGUCUCAACGCUCAACCAGCGACACGAAUUUUGGCUCCGAUGUUCUUUGGUGGGGAGGCAAUGAGUACUGGCAACUGGGAACGGGAAAGAGGAAUAAUAUUCCCACUCCUACCAACAUCAAUGCUCCUCCAGACGCCGUGGGCAAGAAGACUGAUAAUGAUCGACGCCUUCAGAUCAUCCCACGCCACAAGGGAAAACUGGGCAACCGGACAGUGUCCAUGGAACAGCGCGUCGAGUGUGGAAAGCAUGUAUCCGCUAUAUACUCAGCAGUGACGUGUAUCGCAGCCAUGCCUCGCGAAAAGCAGAAGAGAGGCCGGCGCGCCGAAGAGAAGAAGCGCAAGCGUGAAGAGGUCCCCGAAGAGGCUGCGACGAAACGGCCAAAGCCCUCUACCGACAACGAGCAGCAGGUCGACUUCGAAAACAACGAAGACUACAUUGCCCUCGAAGAUGGGAAUGGAGAAGGCCAAAAUGAAUAUGAAGGUGGCCAUCCAUCGGGCGAUAUGCCAUUCUAUGGUCUGCUCGAUACCGAAGAGCAAGAAUACUUCUCGCGCGCGAGCGAGCUGCUCGAGUUGAACCAGUUCCAGGAUGCGGAGGAGAGGCAAUUAUUCGUCGAGAGUGUCUACAGGGAAGCGAAAGGGAAAGAAUUGAAGAUUGCGUGCAGUCAGUCCUGCUCGAGACUCAUGGAGAAGUUGAUCUCCAUGUCGGAUGUUCAUCAGAUUCGGAGGCUGUUUGGUAAAUUUUUGGGCCACUUCUUGCACUUGGUGCAACAUCGGUUCGCCAGUCAUUGUUGUGAGACACUGUUCAUUCAUGCCGCGCCGGCUGUGACGCACAAACCAUCGAAAAAGAAGAAGGAAGAGAAAGUGGUGGAUGUUGAGGAAGGGGAGGAGGAAGAUGAGGUUCCGGACAUGUCCAUGGCUGAUAUGUUCUUGGCCGUCGUGGAGGAGUUGCAGGAAAACUGGGGUUACCUGCUAACGGAGCGAUUUGCGUCACAUACCAUCCGAGUUCUUCUCUUAGUGCUCGCCGGUGAGCAAGUCGACGUCGUUUCGAAUAAGUCCGUCGUGGCCAGCAAGAAGAAGGAACGUCUAGGCGGUACUCCAACUGCAGAGCCUCCGGCUGAGAAUGCCGUCACCCAGAGGAGGCCGGUGCCGCAGUCGUUCGAGGAUACCUUGAAAAAGAUCAUGAAGGAUAUGACGGCUGUAUUGGACAACACAUAUCUCCGGGCCUUGGCUACGCACCCCGUCGGAAACCCGGUGCUGCAGGUCCUGCUAUCUCUGGAACUCUCCCAUUUCGGCAAGUCAAGCGCAAAGGACGAGAACUCCAUUAUCCGCAGGCUCAUCCCGGAUGAGACAUUGGAGGAAGGGUCUGAAAGUGCUCUGUUUGUCAGAGGUUUACUCUACGAUCCAGUCGGCUCACGAUUGCUCGAGACGAUUGUGCGAUGUGCCCCCGGAAAGCUCUUCAAAAAUCUCUACAAAAAUGGUAUCAAGGAACGCAUUGGUUCCCUCGCGCGAAAUGAGACCGCCUCGUAUGUUGUCCUACGCGUGCUGGAGAGACUGGGUAAAGAUGACUUGCAAGCUGCUGUGGAACUGAUCUUGCCUGAAGCGCAAGGUCUCGUUGAACGGUCCAGAUUGGUUGUUCCCAGGGUGCUAAUCGAGCGAUGUGUGGUUCGCGGAGUCAACACCGCGCCUAUCGCGAAGGCUCUCGAAGCUGCAUAUGACAAGGACCCUGCCACCAGACUAGAUCAGAUGCUGAAACUCCAGCCAGCAUCCCAACAAGAAAGUCAAGAAGAAUCCCAGCCCAAGGGAGAGCCGCAGAGAGAGCCGGAGAACCCAACGGCCAGAAACGCGGAAAAGACGCACGGCUCUUUGCUCGCGCAAACCAUGCUGGGCGUCUCCGGUCCGCUGAGUGGAAUGAUCUACUCCAGUCUUUUGGCUAAGUCAUCAGAGGAUCUGCUUCAGAUGGCGAUGGAUCCUAUUUCCUCGAGAGUGCUUCAGCAAGCGCUCACCCUUCCUACUUCAACCGCUCAGUUCCGCCGCCAGUUCACGUCGCGCUUCCUCGGCCACAUGAACGAGUUAGCCCUUCACUCGAGCGGCUCACACGUUGCGGAUGCCCUCUGGCCCGCGACCAAGGACAUCUUCUUCGUUAAGGAGCGGUUCGCACAGGAGCUGUCACAAAAUGAGCUCACCCUCCGCGAUUCCUUCGUGGGACGAGCCGUAUGGCGGAACUGGUCCAUGGAUCUGUAUAAGCGACGACCAGGAGAAUGGAAGGCGAAAGCCAAGGGAUUGGGACCUCAAACAGAGAACGGUUCUGGCCCCGCAGAGCGUCCCAAGUCGAGGAUUGAGCUCGCGCGAGCCCUGUCGAUCAAUCCGUCUCUCACCCAUGCCAAAUGGGAAGAGUCAGAGUCGCGCGGAGGAAGUGCGAAAUACCUUCUGAUCCCAUUCAUCGACUCCGCAGAUAAAGACCCUUUUAAAACUGGAAGCGACCGGUACGGUUCCGAUGGAGACGUUCGCGACGCGGUGACAUCUCUAGUCGACUACCGGAGACCGGAGGACUUGCGGGAUACACUACAAUUAGAAUUCCCAUCCUCGGGGAAGGGACAGGAAGGCUUGCUGCAGAUCCUUCAAAAGGUUCUGCGGUACUCUGUCAACACAUGGCACCAGGGAUUCUUGGAUAAGCUGUACGCUUCAACGAACGCUCCAGGGGUUGCAGCGGAGUUGAUUCUGGCUACGUUGAAUACCAACCUCCACGUCUACCAAGUCUCUCCAGCCCUGACUGUCAUUGAGAAAUACACCGGAAAGAAGUUGGCGAACCUGUUCGGACUCACCGGUCAACAUGCAGGAGGAAUCUCUGUCCAGGGCGGCUCAGCGUCCAAUACGACGUCGAUCGUGAUCGCGCGAAACACACUGUUCCCACGUACGAAGACGGAUGGCAAUGACGGAUAUAAGUUUGUUCUCUUCACAAGUGGCCAUGGCCAUUACAGUAUCGAAAAGGCUGCACAGAUGAUCGGUCUUGGAAGUAAGGCUGUAUGGGCUGUCCCCGUGGACAAAACAGGGCGUAUGAUUCCGUCCGAACUUGAGAAGCUCGUUCAGAAGGCCAAGGACGAAGGAAGGACACCCUUCUAUGUGAAUGCCACCGCUGGAACAACGGUCUUUGGAUCCUUUGAUCCAUUCGAGGAAAUCGCGGCCAUCUGUCAACGACACAACCUCUGGCUGCACAUCGAUGGAUCCUGGGGUGGCUCAUUCGUCUUCUCUGGGCGUCAGAAGCACAAGCUUGCCGGGGCAGAGAAAGCAAACAGUAUCGCCAUUAACCCUCACAAGAUGCUCGGCGCGCCAGUGACAUGUUCCUUCCUCUUGGCAGCUGAUAUCCGCCAGUUCCAUCGCGCAAAUACUCUUCCAGCUGGCUAUCUCUUCCACAACGAUGACCCAGAGCCAGUGACAAAUGGAAAGCCCGCCGAUCAAGCAGACCUACAGGUCGACUCUCCUGAAGUCUGGGACCUUGCAGAUCUGACACUACAAUGCGGCCGCCGCGCGGACUCCCUCAAACUCUUUCUCGGCUGGACAUAUUACGGCUCAGAUGGCUACGAGCGCCAGAUCGAUUCCGCUUGUGACAUCGCUGCUUACCUCGCGACUUUGGUAUCCUCGAAUCCGAAUUUCAUCCUAGUCAGCGAGAACCCGCCUCCGUGUCUACAGGUAUGCUUCUACUACGCUCCCAACCGACAGUUCGUCUACCCGCCAGGAUCCGCGCCCAAUGAACUCGAGCGUGGCAGGCGCAACAGCAAGAUCACUGAGAAGAUCACGCGCGGCAUCGUGAGCAAAGGCUUCAUGAUCGACUUUGCCCCUCCGAGCGGCGACGAGGAAGCCGUCGGAAAGGGCAAGUUUUUCCGCUGCGUGGUGAACGUUCUCACUACGAAGGAGACCGUGGAAACACUCGUCCGUGCAAUUGAAGAGGUUGGACCCAGUGUGGUUGAAGAGCUGCGCGCAACAGAGCCCCAUGGACCCGUGUUGAGAAAACAGGGGCCCUUUGAGCGUGGUCGUGGGCCUGUUGUUCGGCAGUGA